GGAACCUCACUGUCUUCACUGGAUUAUACAAACCAAAAGUGUCCUCAACUCCUCCUCCUACUCAGUUGCUUACAGGCUGAUCCUCUACUGCAUGCGGGACGAACAACAACAGCUAAUGCUGUAUAUGACUGGACAACCACCUCAUUUGUCAGAACAAACCUUUUUUGAGUUGAUUUUUACCCAAGCUGAAGCCUACUAAAAUUGGACAUUUUUGGUGUGUGCGUGUGAUGACAAACUGUCGUGGAGGAGGUGAAGAGACGUGGAUGAAGAUAUAACCGCUUGCAGAAUCUGAAUCGUCAUUGUAGUCGUUCCUCCAAGGCAUUUCGGGAUUAUGUAUAUUUUUUAAUUCUUCGGCGAUUUUUUUUUUUUUGGUGUGUGUGUGUGUGUGUGUGCGUAAUGACCGGCAGCAGUCAUGCUCCAAAACUGAUUUAUGAAAAGACAAGAAAGAAAAACUGAGAUCUUACACUGACAAAUGCAUGUCCAAAAUGUGGUAACUGAAAGUUACUCACGAAGAAAUAGGAGGGUCCAGUGUCACACAUGUAGAGGGGCUUCAGUAGCUGGUAUGUCCUCAAAGCUCCGGAAUGCUCUCAUAGGCUAAACCAAUCUGUACUGGGUGCAUGUUUUGCGAUCUCAUACUCUGAUGCAUUUAAAAGAAUCCAUCAGAAUACGGAGUUGACAGUUCUGAUAAACGAAUACCGUUUAGACCGAUCAGAUCCUCCUAACGGGAAUUAUUUGAUGAGAGCGAGAGAAGUCAUAUGAACUGCACAGGGCUAGAAGUGCGUCUCACGGAAAUCUUGGGUUGCAGAUCUGACGGAAACAAGUGCUAUUCGGUCUCAUCUGCGGCAACGAUGCUUUUCCACGGUCUGCCUGGAGGCGAGAUGCAUGGUGUUAUGGAAGAAAUGGAGCGGAGAGGAAAGAGCGAUUCGGCGACUAUCAGCUCGGCCAUAGAUAUGGGGGAAACAGAGACGAACAUGCCUUCGAUCAGCGGGGACCGGGUGGCUCUGUGCGCGGGCUGCGGAGGGAAGAUCUCUGACCGCUAUUACCUGCUCGCCGUGGACAAGCAGUGGCACAUGCGCUGUCUGAAGUGCUGCGAGUGUAAACUCAACCUGGAGUCUGAACUCACCUGCUUCAGCAAAGACGGAAGCAUCUACUGCAAAGAAGACUAUUACAGUGCAGUCAAAGAAACAAAGGAAUCUGAGAGGCACCUCAUCAUUCUCAUCACAGCAUCUGAUCGUUAUGUCAUUGCAUCUCAUCAAAUCUAUUUUGUAUUUUUUGAUUCAGCAUUGAGCUGCAAUGAGAACGACGGUGAUCCGAUGGACAGAGACUCGCAGUACAGCUCCAGCCAGAAGACCAAGCGCAUGAGAACGUCAUUUAAACACCAUCAGCUGAGGACCAUGAAGUCGUAUUUUGCCAUCAACCACAAUCCUGACGCCAAGGACCUGAAACAGCUGGCCCAGAAAACAGGUCUCACCAAGCGCGUCCUACAGGUCUGGUUUCAAAACGCUCGGGCCAAGUUCAGACGAAACCUCCUGCGCCAGGAGAACACGGGUGUGGACAAGACCUUGGACGGGUCGACCCUGCCUGGAGGAACGCCGUCCGGACCGGCCUCGGAGAUUUCCAACGCUUCCAUGAGCCCAUCCAGCACUCCUACGACCCUCACAGACCUGACCAACCCCACAAUGCCCACAGUCACCUCCGUACUGACCUCCGUCCCGGGCAACCUGGACAUUCACGAAUGCCGUAGUCCAUCGCAGAGCACCUUAACCAGCCUCUUCUGAUGCUCAGAUUCGAGCACAUGGACGAGUCACCUUCAUCUGCUUCCUCCGAAGACCAUUCGUGGAGCCACCUAAAUCAGAAAUAAAGCGUGAGCAUCAUUGAUCAUGCUAGUCAUUCACAAAUUACAUCUAUCUGAUACAUAAACCGAUCUACCUGGGCAUUUUUGUACAGGCCAGGAACUUUACAAAUGUGGCCAAUCCAAUUCAAAAGACUAUAAAGAACGAGACGUGAAAGAGAAACUCUUUGUUUAAAGUAUUGCAUUUUGGGCAGACUCAAGUUUCACUGAAGGAUCUGUUGAUAAGAGACUGAUUUGCAUUUUAUUUAUUUUUCAUGUUUUCCCCCAACCAUGUUUACAGAGAGAGACUGAGCUGGGAAAUGCAUUUGUUCGUCAACCUCUUAUUUAUGAUCACGCACAGGAGUCAGUGUGAGGAAACUGGAUUAUAAUGUGAAUAAUUACAGCGUAAUCUAGCCUGACUGUCACGUGCCUUAUCCUGCAGUGUAGUCACUGAAGCCCCUUUAGCAACGCUAAACGAACUACAUCAGAAAAUGUGUACUUUCAUUUGUCGGAUGAUGAAAAUGGUUGAGUAAAUCACACGUGCACAAACACACACACACACACACACACACACACGAGGAAGAGCUAAUCAUAUACUCGCAAUCAAACAUAUUACCUCACUCAGUAAUCACUGGAUAUGAUAGCAGUACAUAUGAAACCUGAGAAUACGUUUCAAUCUCAUGCACUGGGAGAGAAAGCGGCCGUGGAGAGUUUGUACAAAGACAAACCUUGAUGGAGCUCACCACAAACAAACACUGAUUUAUGGAAUGAAACACUUUUUUCUUCCUCAUUCGGUUAGGUGAUUUAUUUUUCUCAACCAUUAAGAUGUGACAGUGUUGGAGACAGGGUAAAUGUUUCCAUGGUAACCAGAGGCUGCUUGUUGAAAUGCUGUACAGUUUUGACAGAUUACUGAGAAAUUUCGAGUCCACUCCCUGCAG